AUGAAGUACAUCUUUUCGCAGGAGCAGCUGGUCAUCCCAGAGGGAGUCAAAAUCCACAUCCGCUCUCGAAUCGUCACCGUCGAGGGCCCACGAGGCAAACUCACUAAAGAUCUAUCACACAUCGCUGUCACCUUUUCCCUCCCUAAGAGCAAGAAAGGUCAACAGCUCGUGCAAAUCGAAAUCCACCAUGGCUCACGAAAGAACGUCGCAGCCCUCCGAACCGUGAAAUCAAUCAUCGAGAACUUGAUCACCGGUGUCACCAAGGGCUACAAGUACAAGAUGCGAUAUGUCUACGCUCACUUUCCCAUCAACGUCAACAUUGAGAAGAAUCCUGAGGGACUGUACCAUCUUGAGAUCAGAAAUUUCUUGGGCGAGAAGAUCGUUCGUCACGUCACAAUGCUCGAAGGCGUCACUGUGGAGGCAUCCAAAGGUGUCAAGGACCAAAUCGAACUCACAGGCAACAGCCUCGAAAACGUCUCGCAAUCAGCUGCCGACGUGCAACAAAUCUGCAGAGUACGAAACAAAGAUAUCCGAAAAUUCUUGGAUGGUCUGUACGUGAGCGAGAGGGGUAACAUUAUUGAAGACUAG